AUGGCUGCUUCUGAUAGGAAAAAGGAAAAAAUAAUAACCGCAAACUGGAGUAAUCUUGUGAGUGAAUUGUUGGAGUUGAUCCUCAAAAGACUUGGUUUCCUCGACAUUGUUCACUUCAGAGCGGUAUGUUCUUCAUGGAACAGAGUUGCUCGAUUCUAUAUCACUUCCCCAAUAUAUUUUCCAUUAAUGCCUCAAACUCCAUUGCUGAUGUUUCGUAAGAAUCGCAGAUUCUUCAAUCUUUCAGAUAGUAGGACCUACAAGACCACAAGAAAGCAGCGGCAAGGUCGUCUAGGGUUUUAUGACUAUGAAGACUCUUGGUUUGUGGGAUCAUCAUAUGGCUGGUUGGUGAUUUUUAUCAAAAAAUUGAAAGUCCUUCAUAUUCUUAAUCCGUUAUCAUUCGAACGAAUUCAAAUCCAACUCCCUUCGAACAUGUCCAAAGACAUUCGUUUUAUCUUCAAAGCUAUCAUCUCCUGUGAUCUUUGUCGUCGUAGUACUAGUAGUAGCAGCAAAAGCUUUUGUAUUGUGGUUUGUGGAACAUUCCAAGAUAAACUAGGAUUUCUUAUGCAUGAAGAUACCACCACGACCGCCACCACAACCACUGCAACCACCAAGACCAGCAUCACAACCACGACUUCAACAACACACUUAGUAGGUGACGGUCACCAAAUCUACAUUGAUAUAAUCUGCCACAAUGGUAUGCUAUAUGCGUUAUCCUAUGUGGGCCUGGUUGAAGUUUGGGAUUUUCUUAGUCAUCCUUUUCCCAGGAAAGUUUUGGACAUUGAAUUUUCUCCAACAGUAACCCGAUUGAUAAGAAAAAAUUGUAAGCUUUCGCGUACAAAAUCUUAUUUGGUGGAAUCAAUGGGAGAGCUUUGGUUUGUGUUGCCGAUAGGUGAAUCAGUGAAAUCAAUGGAGUUUGUUGUGCAUAAGCUAGAUUAUGGUAAAAAAACAUGGGUGAACCUCGAUAAUUUAUCCAACCAAGCGCUUUUUAUAAGUAAAAACGAAUGCAUUUCAGUAUUGACUCGAGAUUUACCAGAAGUUAGGGAAAAUUUCAUUUACUUCAUAAUUGAAUAUUGGGAAAAAAAGACCAAGAAAUACCGGGUUGGAAUUUACAACUUCAAAGAGAAAGAGAUGGUCGACCUUCCUGAGCAUAUGAAGUCUUGUACAAGUAAUUCGCUACUCUUUUGGAUUGUUCCUAAUCCUUGGAUUGUUCGCAGCAUGUAG